GUAUGACAUUAUGAAAGUGUAAUCAGUAACCUUGUACUGAUUACAUUUGAUUGUCAUUAUAACAGAAUACAUGUUAAAGUAAACCUGCCAGCCCUGGUUUUUAUAAUAUAUUCCGGGUUGAUCUACCUGCAGGUGAAUCUGUGCAGCUCACUCUCUCGGAGCUCUGAACGCGCCUCUGCGAUUCUCUGCGGGACAGUGACUUUGCCCGGGACGUGAACACAUCAUGAUGGAUUCAUGACUGCGCCGCUCACUGAACUAAAGAUCCGAUUAAUAUCUCUACUUCUCAGGAUGACUUUGUUCCUGCUGUUGAUGUUGGUGACUGUAGAAAGUAGUCGGUCGGAGGUUUACACCAACCACUGGGCAGUGAGGGUCUCCGGGGGGCCGCAGCAGGCGGACAGAGUGGCAGCGAAAUACGGAUACAUCAACUUCGGACAGAUAGGAAGUCUGGAAGAUCAUUACCAUUUCCACCACAGCAGAGUGGUUCGCAGGGCUGCGUUCUCUCUGAAGGGCCCCCACAGCUUCAUCCAUAUGGACCCCGAGGUGGACUGGGCUCAGCAGCAGGUAGUGAAGCCAAGAGUAAAGAGGUUUGCUCAGAGCGACCCAAGCUUCAUUCAUUUCAAUGACCCUAAGUGGUCCAACAUGUGGUACAUUCAUUGCAGCGAUAAGAACAACCAGUGUCGCUCAGAGAUGAACAUCCAGGCAGCCUGGCAGAGGGGCUACACCGGCAAGAAUGUGGUGGUCACCAUACUGGAUGACGGCAUUGAGUGGAGCCACCCUGAUCUGGCUCAGAACUAUGACCAUCUAGCAAGUUAUGACGUCAAUGGGAAUGACCAUGACCCUACACCACGUUAUGACUUCCGCAAUGCAAACGUACAUGGAACUCGGUGUGCAGGUGAAGUUGCAGCAGCUGCCAACAACUCCCAUUGUAUCGUUGGGAUCGCCUAUAAUGCUCGCAUUGGAGGGAUUCGGAUGCUGGAUGGUGAUGUGACCGAUUUAGUCGAAGCCAAGUCCCUGGGAGUGCGACCUGACUACAUCGACAUCUACAGUGCUAGCUGGGGGCCAAAAGACGAUGGCAAGACAGUGGAUGGCCCAGGGCAGCUAACUAAGCAGGCUUUUGAGCAAGGCAUCAAGAAGGGUCGCAAAGGCUUGGGGUCCAUUUUUGUCUGGGCGUCAGGUAACGGGGGCCAGCAGGGAGACCACUGUUCAUGUGACGGUUACACCAGCAGUAUCUACACCAUCUCCAUCUCUAGCGCCACAGAGAACGGAAACAAGCCCUGGUACCUGGAGGCCUGCAGCUCCAUCCUGGCGACCACUUACAGCAGUGGAGAGUUUAACGAGAGGAAGAUUAUCACCACUGACCUCCGACACCGCUGCACUGAUGCUCAUACCGGCACUUCUGUCUCCGCUCCCAUUGUGGCUGGAGUCAUCGCUCUCGCCCUGGAGGCCAACCUUUUGCUGACGUGGAGAGAUGUGCAACAUCUUCUGGUGAAGACGUCCAGACCAGUCCACCUGAAAGCUGAUGACUGGAAGACCAACGCUGCAGGACUCAGAGUGAGCCACCUCUAUGGUUUUGGCCUGGUGGAUGCAGAGGCCAUGGUAGUGGAGGCCUCCAAGUGGAGGACUGUUCCUCCUCAGCACACCUGCAGUCGGGUUUCUGAGCGGCGCACCAGACACAUCCAUGCUGGCCAGCGUCUCAACAGCAGCAUAACCACCUCUGGGUAUUCAGGAGAUCUGGAGCAGCACGUGGGUCACCUGGAACACGUGGUGGUGAAGAUCCUGAUUGUCCACCCACGCCGAGGAGACCUGGAGAUCAAGCUCAUCUCUCCAUCUGGGACCAGAACACAGCUGCUGGCCAAGAGGUUGUAUGACAGUUCCAACGAGGGCUUCAGGAACUGGGAGUUCAUGACAGUUCAUUUCUGGGGUGAGAGGGCAGAGGGCACAUGGACUCUAGAGAUUGUUGACUCACCAUCAAAGCUACGCAACCCUGAGGUGCUGGGCAACCUAAAAGAGUGGACACUGAUCCUGUAUGGCACAUCUCAGAACCCUUCCCAGCACCCCGCUGCUCAGUACUCACAUUCAAGAAUGUCAGAGAACCCGGCUACAGUGGAGAUCCUGGAAGAACCAGAGAUGGAGGAAGAAGACGAGUACGUUGGACCUUGCCACAGUGAGUGUAGAGACCAGGGCUGUGACGGACCCGACAUUGAUCACUGCCUCAACUGUGUCCACUUCAGCUCCGGCAGCUUGAAAAGUGGCAGAACCUGUGUGAGCCACUGUCCUCUGGGACACUAUGAGGACAUCGCGUCCCGUCGCUGUAGACACUGCUUUAAAGGCUGUGAGGAGUGUGAGGGCCGGUCAGCUAGCAGCUGUCUGUCCUGCAGAAGAGGCCUGUACCUCAACACACUCAACUCCAGCUGCAUCCAUACCUGCCCCACAGGGUACUUUGCUGAUGAGAAUCAGAGACAGUGUCUGAAGUGCCAUGACACCUGUAUGACAUGCCUGAGAUAUGGAGAUAGGUGCACUGCCUGCAGCGAGGGCUACAGUCUGGCAGGAAUAACUUGUGUUCCUGAUUGCACCAAUGGGACAUUUUCCAACCUGGAGGAGAUGACCUGCAGCACAUGCCAUUCCUCUUGUAGGACUUGUACAG